GGUGGGGGGGGGCGGAGGCAGUCGGAGAUGCUACUCCGCUGCCACCGCCGCGGCGGCCUCGGGGUGCCGGCGUUCCGGGGCGGCGGCGGAGGCUCUCCCUGAGCUCCGCAUGAGCGAGCGGAAGCCAUUGCAGAGGCGGAAGCCGAGGCCCCGACCUGGCGCCGCAGGCCCGCGUGCCGCGUUCCUUCCCGCGGCGCUCGGCGACAAAGCGGGAUCGUCGGUGCUGGGCAGCCCAAGCUUGCAGAAUGCCCCACAAGAUUGGAUUUGUAGUGGUCAGCUCUUCUGGACACGAAGACGGCUUCAGUGCCCGCGAACUGAUGAUCCACGCACCAACUGUCAGUGGGUGGAGGUCACCAAGGUUCUGCCAGUUUCCACAAGAAAUUGUUCUUCAGAUGGUGGAGAGAUGUCGAAUUAGAAAACUCCAAUUACUCGCUCACCAAUACAUGAUUUCAAGUAAGAUUGAGUUCUACAUUAGUGAGAGCUUGCCGGAAUAUUUUGUACCUUACCAAGCAGAGCGGUUUCGCAGACUUGGCUACGUCUCUCUCUGUGACAACGAAAAGACAGGUUGCAAAGCUCGGGAGCUAAAGUCAGUUUACGUGGAUGCAGUUGGGCAAUUUCUUAAGCUGAUUUUUCAUCAAAACCAUGUCAACAAAUACAACAUAUAUAAUCAGGUUGCUUUGGUUGCAAUAAAUAUCAUUGGAGACCCUGCAGAUUUCGGUGAUAAGAGCAAUAUUACCUCUAGAGAGAAGCUGAUUGACCAUUAUCUUGGGCACAACCCUGAGGACCCAGCCCUGGAAGGAACUUAUGUUGGGAGACCUGACCACAUUUCCCCCCUCGAUGACUUGGCUUUCGACAUGUACCAGGAUCCUGACGUCGCCCAGAUCAUACGCAAGCUGGACGAGAGGAAACGGGAAGCUGUCCAGAAGGAGCGUUAUGACCAUGCCAAGAAACUGAAGCAGGCGAUCGCUGACUUACAAAAGGUUGGGGAGCGCCUGGGGAGGUAUGAGGUGGAGAAGCGCUGUGCCGUGGAGAAGGAAGACUAUGACCUGGCCAAGGAGAAGAAGCAGCAGAUGGCACGCUACCGUGCCCAGGUGUAUGAACAGCUGGAGCUGCAUGGCCUCCUACAGGGCGAGCCAGAGAUGCGAAGGUCUUUCACUUUGCCCCUCCAGCCCCUCAUGGAUCCCAGCAGUCCUCGCUGCCAGAAGCCAGUGGCCUCGCCACCACGGCCAGGAGAGAUGGUAACAGAAAACCCACGUGCAGCCCCUUUCCUCCAGGAGAAGCCCUCGUCACAUGCUCUGACUCCUCCUCAGCUCUCUGCCAUGGACCUGGAUGAGUCACCGCCCACUGCAGGGCCCCUACCACGGAGCAAUGUGGAGACUCUGCCCUAUGAUGAGCGACCUCUUCCAGCCACUCGCAAGCCGCAGGGGGAGUUGGGGGAGGCUGAAAUGAGUGAGGCCGAGAUCAGCAGUGCCCGGAGGGGCGGCAUCACAGGAGAGCCGGAGGCCUUGACGGAGAAGGCCUUGAGAGAAGCCAGCUCUGCCAUUGAUGUGCUGGGCGAGAACUUGGUGGCUGGGGCCUAUUCCAAGACGUGGUCCUGCAGGGAAGAUGCGCUGCUUGCUUUGUAUAAGAAGUUGCUGGAGAUGCCCAUUGGGACCCCAAAGGAAGAUUUAAAGAGCACUCUGAGAGCAGCCAUCUUUCUCACCAGGAGAGCCAUAAAGGACAUUGUAACCUCGGUCUUUCAGGCUUCUUUGAAAUUGUUGAAGAUGAUAAUUACACAAUAUAUUCCCAAACAUAGGCUGAGUAAACUUGAGACGACUCACUGUGUGGAAAGAACCGUGCCUGUUCUGCUCUCCAGAACUGGGGAUUCCUCCUCCCGCCUUCGCAUCAUGGCUUCAAAUUUUAUUCAGGAGAUGGCCUUGUUCAAGGAGGUGCGGCCUCUCCAGAUCAUUCCAUCGUACUUGGUGCAGCCACUGAAAGCAAACACCUCCACUCAUCUGGCCAUGAGUCAGCUGGACCUCUUGGCCCGGCUGCUGAGAGAUCUGGGCACUGGGAGCUCAGGCUUCACUGUGGACAAUGUGAUGAAGUUUGCAGUGAGCUCCCUGGAGCAUAGGGUGUACGAGGUUCGAGAAAUGGCGGUCAGAGUCAUCCUGGACCUGUACAGGCAGCACCAAGCCCUUGUCCUAGAGCACCUGCCUCCGGACGACAGCAGCACACGCAAGAACCUUCUCUACAAGACGAUUUUUGAGGGAUUUGCUAAAAUAGAUGGCAGGCCAACAGAUGCUGAAAUUAGGGCACAGAAAAGAGCAGCUACAGAGGAAGCAGAAAAGCACAAGAGAGAAGAAAUCAAAGCCCUGCAAGGGCAACUGGCAGCACUGAAGGAGCCUCAGGCUGGAAUCCAGGAAAAGGAGAGUGGUGCUGCAGUGCCCAGGAGUCAGGACACUCAAGGAAGGAAAGCAACCCCACCUGGUGCCCCAGAUAUUCCUGAGGACCACUGUUUGGAUAAUCUGUGCAUUUUUUGUGGGGAGAGGAGCGAGUCCUUCACAGAAGAGGGCCUGGACCUGCACUAUUGGAAGCACUGCCUCAUGCUGAUGCGAUGCGGCCACUGCCGGCAGGUGGUAGAGAUAUCCAGCCUGACAGAGCACCUGCUGACAGAAUGUGACAAAAGGGACGAGUUUGGAAAGUGCCACCGCUGCAGCGAAGCUGUUCCUAUGGAAGAGCUGCCUAGACACAUAAAAGCCAGGGAGUGCAACCCUGCCAAACCAGAGAAGCUGGCAAACCGGUGCCCUCUGUGUCAUGAGAAUUUCACACCUGGUGAGGAGGCCUGGAAGGCCCACCUGAUGGGCCCUGCUGGCUGCACGAUGAACUUGCGCAAGACCCACGUUCUGCACAAAGCCCAGGCACCACAGCAGGGUAAAAGCCCCACAGUGGCCAAGUCAGGUACCACAGGGCCCAAGGCUGGAAGCAAGAUCCCCACCCCCAAGGGAGGCCUGAGUAAGAGUUCUCACAGGACGCACACACAGCGGUGACAGACAUUGGUCUUCUUCAUCUCCGUCAGGGACUGUGCAAGUUUCCUGAAUCUGAACCACGUCUCCUAAAAAUUCCUGCAGACGUGGGAUCUCUGUGCUUUGUCCCUGCUGUCCCUCAGCUCUUGGCCUCUCACGCGUCACACUCAGUCUGCAUUCAUGUAAACACAGCGUGUGGAUCUGACCAAAGAGCCCUGCCUGGCAGGACCUCCACGCUGCGGCUGAUGUCCGGGUUCUGACCUCCGCAGGCCUUUAGAGCAGAGGUUCCGGAGAGAGCCAGACACAGCAGCUAGCAGCAUCGCUUUCCUUGCUGCUAGGAAAACUCACACUCAGCCUUGGGCACAGUCUGUCCCACAUGGUUGACUGUGGGCUCAGCUGUGGUGGCCCUUGGGGGCAAUGGUGGCCUGCAUCUGCUGUGCCUUGUCCCAUUCAGACCUGUCUGCUAGGCCUCCACCCAGUGCACUUCGUUGCAGGGAAGCAGGGGUCAUGUCUGCAGGACUUGUGUUUCCAUGGAAACAAGAAAUAAAGGCAAAAAGGAAGCUAGAAGACAGCUGUCCUGCCCAGCACACGCCUUGCUCCAUACUCAUUGAGUGCUGUCCCUGUGACACCAGCCAUGUGGCCACCUGGAACCAAGCCCCAGGCCCUAGCAGUCCGUCACACUUUUGCUCAGGGCGUUUGCAUUCUCCAGAGUCCUGGAGCGUGGACUGCGGCUGCCUUUCCCUGAUGACUCUGUGCUCGCUUGACGCGGGCCUCACACCUGAGCUUUGAUUCUGACAUGGAGCACCUGCCACCCUACAGACCUACAGACGAGUCCCACCCUCCUCACAGGUCCAGACACUCCACCCAGGCCUCUCGUCCCAUCCCUCCACCAUGCUGUGACUGGGUCCGCUUUCCCAAGCAGUUCAUAGCAUGUCAGAAAUCCAAGUGCUGUGUGAAGCAGCCCCUCAGCAGCUCUGACGACCCCGUCCCGGGAAGGAGGUCGUUCUCUCCUAGGAACUUCGGUUAGACCGGGUUUCAGCUUCUUACCCACUCAGCUGUGGGAGAGAAGGAACCAUGUGAAACACCUGGAAACACCCUAGCACGGCCCUGUGUUCCUGUUACUGCUCCCCCCAGUGCCCAGUCCAGCCAGUACUGAAGGACGGGCCUCCCAUGCCCACCCCAGGGCAGGGGCCAGAGUUCUGCUUGCUUCCUGAGGUUGCAGAAGCAGGCAAAACGCCACUUUGAACUGUUUGAGGGAAUUCGUGAUGAGGGUGUGAGUGUAUAAUUAGUGUAUAAAUAUUUGUUAAUCCCCAACCAUGUGAAACUAUAAAACAUUUUAAAAAACUAAUAGCUGUGUGACCAGUGAACUCCCCGAAUUUGCAUUGAUUGACCUGUUUCUGGCAAACACGUACCUCCUGGUGUGGCUGACUCAGUACUGAGUGAGAGCAGGAGCUACCAAGAGGGCAAGCUUUGGAAAGCUUCGGGGUAGGGGAAAACACAACACUUGAGCAGACAAGCCAGGCACAGAUGCCUCAGUGUUUACACAUGGCCCUAUAUGCUUCCGAGCUGCUGGCCACUAUUUUCUAAUCCAGUUUUAGUAAAAUACUUUAAAUAAAAUACAAUGAAAAAAGCUAACCAAGGAAUUAUUCUUUUCUGUGAUCAAAACUUAAGAGGGAAAUAUGUAAUGUUUUCUAUCUGUUGUAACUUAAAGAUAUUUAAAAAUGAAAAAUACUUCAUUUUUACUUCCUGUCUGACUGUUACAAAAGAAUCGUGUCGAACAGAUGUCAGUGAAAGCGCUCCUCGCUCAUGCACGGUCAGGGCCAUGAACAAAGGACUGAAGAUCUAAAAGGAACUAAGAUCCUUUGGCCAUUCACAAGUAAAUAUCUGAAUUUAGAACACUGAUUGAUAAUUGAAUCUU